ACGGCUAAAGACUUCAUGAAAGUUGCUGAUCUCACGAGGUUGAGCCACGAGUUACCAAAGAAGUUCUCUGCAAGGAGGAAUUUUUUUCCAUUAUGGAGAAAAUUCAAGAACUUAAAGAAACGAGAGACGAAAUUCAGAAUCUCUACUCCACUGCAACUCGAGAGCGUGUGAAAAAAGUCCUACAAGACGAGAUGGAACGCGUAGAACGAGAAAUCGAAACUGAAGAAAAGAGCGCAGCGAAGCCCGCCUUUAAGAAACCGCAAGUCACCUUGACUAAAAUCACGUCGUACGCUUGGGAUCAAUCGUCGAAAUUCGUGAAAAUUUACAUCAACUUGGAAGAAGUGGAAACUCUUCCUGAAGAGAACGUCUCCACGAAAUUUACCUCCAAGUCAUUGGAGUUGAAAGUACUUGGUUUGAAAGGCAAGAACUAUCAUUUUCAGAUAGUCAAUCUGUUGCAUCCUAUUCUUCCCGAAUCCAGCUCGGUGAAAGUCAAAUCUGGACGCGUGACUCUCCUUUUGAAGAAGGACAAAGACGAAAAUUGGUCAUGUUUGACUGUGACAGAGAACUUGAAGAAAAUGAAAGAGCAGCCGAAAUUGGACGAUAAAAAGGAUCCAGGAGAAGGAAUAAUGGACCUGAUGAGAAAAAUGUACGAUGAAGGAGAUGAUGAAAUGAAGAGAACCAUAGCAAAAGCGUGGACGGAGUCAAGAGAAAAACAGAAUACAUUCGAUCCGUUGUCCUAGGCUGUAUUUUUGACUCAAGUAUGUAAUCUUGAUUACAUAGUUCUAGACUGGAUUGUUUUGUUAGAGACAAUUUUGAGUACUUUUGUUUUGUAAUGAGCCCAAGCUCAGCAUGGAACUUUUUUAUAACCACACUAGCGCUCAGAUAUGCUUUGCAAAUGAAGCUGUCGAGAAACUCUGAAAAAAAGUUCUUCUUGUGUUCAUAAUUAUCCUGAUUUAAAAUAUUUGUGAAUGCUCCUAGUACUGAUCAUGUGUUAGUACAUGUACCCGUACCAAAAUCCAGGCAAACUGUUAGGUUCUUCUCUGAUAAUGCAACCUUACCUUAAUUUGUGUUGGUUUACUUAUUAGAUGCCACCUGAGAAUAAAUACGUGUACUAAGAGUUGCCUUUUCCCACUGUGUAGAAGUUUCAGAGAGAGUUUUUAACAAAUAGAUCACAGAUAACUUCAAAUGUGGUUAGAAUAAGAAAGUGGCACAUAAGGCUCUGCCAAGUAUGUAGCUGAUGCUUACCAUAUUUUGAAGUCUUCUGUGUACUGUAACUGAACAGAUGCACAGUGACAUGGAAUGUAUUGGUUUUCAAUAAUAUUAGAUCAGCAAAAAGUUGUUGAUGGUGAUGUUAUCAAAGCACCUGUCCUCUAGUAGAUCAUAGGUAAGAACCAAUCAAUAUGCACGCAUGCAUUAGUCAGAAUAUCAUCUGAAUAGUUACAAUGUAUUUAUCUGUGAGAGCUCAUUAAGUGUUGAGAUUAUGAUCUGAGAUUAGUCACCUACAUUCCUUUAGGAAUGAUUACCUCAAGAUCAUUGAAGAGCCCAACACAAACUUAAGGGUUUUUUUUUGUCAGUUCAAAAGAUCACAACAAAAUGGUAAUAACUGUUAAAUUCUGUGUAGGUAGUUGUCAGUCAGAUAAAAGUAAAAUAAACGUCUUCAUUUUGUUAUUGGUAGAGUAGAAUGGUCUUAAGAGAAGUAAAAAUGUUACAGCCUGUGUUGA